UAAUGAAAGUUCAUAUCUCUUUGUGGAGUUUUGUCAGUUACAGGGAGUAUUGGAAGUCUGGAGAGAGGCGAUGGGAAGUUCAGAGUGAUUUGUACAUCUACUGGAGGUAGACCACUGACAAUGUCUGUCACUGGACCAUCUGGUGUUGUGGAGGACAUGAAGAACAUUACUGGAAAGGGAGGUGUUGAGUGGGUAGGUAAUGAUACUUAUUCAGCAGAGGUUAUCAAGACAAAUGGAACUCAUGGAGAUGUGUAUGGUUGUAUGGCAUCUAAUGGAGUGUCUAAUGCUUCACACAGUUUCUCUCUGAAAGUUGCUGGGAGUCCAACUAUACUGUUAGUAGUACAGACAUCAGCUACGUCAGUGAUAGUGGAGUGGAGUCAGCCAUCAGGAGGAGCCACAGUGACUGGAUACGUAGUACACUACAGUGACGGAGACAAUAUGAGCAAUAUGACCGAGUGUAACAUAACUGAAAAUAACAUGACUGAUAGUAACAUCACUAAGAGGCAAAAAAACAAAACACCAAAA